CGCCACUCGUCGCCUACCCUUUCCUUCCGCCUCUCCGCCACCACCACUGGCGCGAAACCCCGCACGCAUCCGUCCAGUCGAGUCUUCCCACAGCCCACGCGCCACGCGACCUACACCUCAACUUCCCAUCCAUUUCUCCCUCUCUCUCUCUCCAAUCCGUCUCCCUAACUGCAGAUUUGUCUCCCCUUUCGCCGCGCGCGGGCGGGGGAGGAAUCCUUUUCUCAUUUCUGUUCCGCCUCCUCCCAACUCAUCCGCCGCGCCGCGCGCCUCCUUCCCCCCUGUGCCCUGCCGCCGCUGGAUCAUUUUCCUCGCCUUUUCCUUCCUUUUUCCCCGCGCAUGCACGGGGACGGCCUCUUGUGAUUGAUUCACGCGCCAAUGGGGGACGCGUCCACCUCCGCCGCUCCCGCCACGCCCACCUCCACGCUCAUCUGCCUCGAGGACGGCAACGACCUCUUCCUCGACGACGAUAGCCCCGACGGCGGCUUGGCGGACUCGCGCCUCGCCGCCGACGACGGUCUCCUGCUCCUCGACCGCGACGACGAGUACGUCGCGCUCAUGCUCUCCAAGGAGGGCGCCGGCGGCGGCGGCACGUGGGGUGAGGAGCUGGACGAGUGGACCAAGGCCGCGCGCGCCGUGUGCGUCGACUGGAUUGUCAAGACGAACGCGAGGUUCCUCUUCAGCGGGAAGACGGCGUACGUGGCGGUGACGUACCUCGAUCGGUUCUUGGCGCAGCGGCGAGUCGAUAGGGGGAAGGAGUGGGCUCUGCAGCUCCUCUCGGUGGCGUGCCUGUCGCUGGCGGCCAAGGUGGAGGAGCACCGGGUGCCGCGGCUGCCGGAGUUCCGGCCGGACGAGUACGACUUCGACAGCGCCUCCAUCCUGCGCAUGGAGCUCCUCGUCCUCGGCACCCUCAAGUGGCAGAUGAUCGCCGGCACCCCGUUCCCGUACCUGAGCUGCUUCGUGGCCAGGUUCCGGCACGACGAGCGCAAGGCCAUCGUCCUGCGCGCCGUCAAGUGCAUCUUCGCCUCCCUCAAAGCGAUGAGCUCGGUGGAGUACCAGCCGUCGACCAUGGCGCUGGCGUCCAUCCUGGUCGCGCGCGGCGGCAGGGAGGGGACGGGGACGGCCCCGAACCUAGAGGAGGAGCUCAAGGCGAUCCUGGGCUCAUCAUGGCAGCAAUUACACACCGGGCAUGUGUAUUCCUGCUACAGCGUGAUGAUUCAGGAGGAGGACAGGUCCACGCAGUCGGGCAGGGAGGUGGCUUCCUCCGGCGUCUCUGCCGCGGCCCCCGCCGGGAGCCCGGGCACCUCCGUCGCCAUGGCCAUGGGCCGUGGAGGGGUGGUUGAACAGGACCCCGUGGAGAGGGCUGGUUGAACAGUAGCCGGUGGAGGAGCGGUGGAGGCUAGAUGAACAUGAGUCCGUGGAUGAGAAGGGUCCAUUCGCCUCAGGGCCAGUAGGAGGAGCUGUGUGAAUGUUGGCUGGAGUUCAGCUCGCACUCUGGCUGCUGCUAAUUUCUGUCACCCCCCCUAGCCUUAGCCCUUUUUUUUUCAUUAGCUUGAGCAGUGAUUUUGGUGGUGGUGGUGGCUAAAUAGGGGGCAGGACUUGAUUCUUGUGAUUGUGCAAUUAUUGCAGCUGAUUGGUAAGUUAGGAUCGGAAAGAUUUUGGUUUUCAGGAGAUCUUUCCCAUCCAGGCUUUAAAAGGCUGUGUAAAGAGGAGAGGUAGAGAGAGAAAGUCCCAGCAGGAGUACUGCACUACUGCUGCAAAGAGCUCUCAGCUCAGCUCAAAGUGAGGUGAAAAGAAAAGAGAGCACAACAAAGCCUAGGCAUGAUAUGAGUGGGGAGCCAUUUUUUUCUC